CUUCUCCUUCUUCUAUUUUCUACAAAUUCGGGGGAUUCGGGGUAGCUCUUUCGAGCUACCAAGCAUGACCCUUAUUUUUAUAUCUAAUAUUCCCACAUGUGAAGAAACAGGAAGAGCAUCAUUCAAAAAACAAAUUGCCCUAAUUUCAUUCCUACUUGCCCCAAUCCUAGUUCUCUACUCACUCAUUCUCUCUCUCGCAAUGAUGCCACAGAUGACAACACCGACGUGGGUAGAACCCCCUUCGGUGUCCAAGAACACAAAGGUCAAGGUUUUAGAGCCAGCUUCAUCAAACGAUGCAAUUGCAAAACCAAGAAUCAUUGUACAGACCACUAGUGAAGUUGAUCUUUUGGAUGAUGGCGAAAGUAUGGCUAGAAAGUUGUUAAAGGAAAUCCUUAUCCAAGAUUCUUACUCAUUUCCCUCUAGAAACAUUGCAACAAAAGAGGUAACUUCAUUAGAGGUAGCUUCAUUUGAGACAAGAAAUGCAACAUGGUUAGUUGCUCUAGCUAUUAUCGUGGGUUUAGGUGCCUUAACACAUACAUUAGGCACCCUCGUCCCUGUGAUAGAAGCAAGUGGAUUUGCUACAGCUGCAGCUGCAACUACUAUAAGAACUGUUGUCGGUAGUUUUAGAUAAUUUCUUAAUAGUUGUCGAUAUGUUUAGAAAGUUAGAUAUCCAUAAUUUUGGAUGGUUUAAACUUUUUGUACAGUUUAUAACUUAAAGAUGUAGUUUUCGAAUGUUUGGAAUGU